UCUAUUACUCUAUUCGAGAUUUUGAGACGACAGACAAUGUCGAAUGUUUUGCAAAGACUUUUCGGUCGACACCGGCUCCCUCUUGCUUCGACCGUUCUCACGAAUUAUUUGCGACAAACUAAUGAGCCACCGUGGACAUCAUUUUUUGUCAAAUACACUUCGGUAAUCGACGACCAACGUGGUCGGUCGCACUUCAAUUGGAAAACUGGUGACUCGAACUAUCACGUUUUACGCUCCGGCUGUUUCCCGUAUAUAAAGUACCAUUGCACCAAAAGACCGUACAAAGAUCUGCGAGUAGAUGACCGAUUGUUUAGUUUUUUAAAAAUCAUCAACUUGGGUAUACCAUUGUUUUUGUAUGGUUUAUCUGCUGUUUUUAUGAUUUCAUAUAAAGAAAUAGUGAAGACACCUAAAGGAGAUGUUUAUAUUUAUUUUCUUUUAAAAGAAGACAAAGGCUCAAUGCAUUAAAAUAUUUUUUAAUUAAAAUGUAGGUUGUAUGUUUUAGAUGAAACUGAAAUGAAUUUU